AUGGUGUCUCUCACGGAUUUGCUUCCCCCAGCAAAGGGUAUCUUACCCUACUACAUGCUCCUGCUCUCUCUCAUCUCCAUCGGAAACUCGGCGCAGAACCUCCUGACUCUCCACUACUCUCGCCGCCUUUACGACGGUAAAUACGUUCGCAACACGAAGCUCGCCCCCAAGUCCGACAAGUUCAACCCGGAGGACUCGGUCAACAAGUACAUCCCCGCCCCCGCCGGCGCGACGGACGUUGUGGAUCAGGCGACACCUCUCGCUGCGCGCUGCUUCGGCACCUGGACGUUCCUCACGAGCAUCGUCCGUCUUUAUGCCGCGUACCAUCUGCACCACGCCCACAUGUACGACCUGGCCAUCUGGACCUACGUUGUUGCGUUGGGUCACUUUGCCAGCGAGUUGUUCGUCUUCAAGAGCAUGACAUUUGGUCUGCCGCAAUACUUCCCCUUCACCCUGGCCACCACUGCCUUGAUUUGGAUGCCAUUGGUGCGCGACUUUUACGUUACUAGCCCGUAA